CAGUCGCACCGCGAUUAUAAUUGGCAAAGAAUCGACGUGUGCGGCAAACCGUCGUGUUGUCCCACUAACUCGGGAAUUCCACUCGCACAACAAGAUAAAUGUGCAUUCGGGCGUUGAAGAGAGAGAGAGAAAAAGCGAAGAUUCUGAGUGCAAAAAGUGCACGCGACAGUUCCAUUUGAGUGUGAAAGUCUGUCAAGUAAUGUCAUUGGCCUGCGUGGCCUCGAACGCUUUAGUGAUAUUUUAUCACGAUUCGGGUUUCUAGGGUCAGAUCCCAGCGAGGAACUAGGCAGGGACCAAUCACGUUAAAGAAUUUACGGAGCUACUUUCAAGUGCUUGACAGGUCACUUCUUGAAUGCGCGUCGUUUUCGGUACUCCGGUUUCACGGUUUUGUAAACAAUCGCGAUUGUGACAAUUGUCACCGAGAGUGGGAUAUCGCAUCAAGAGAAAGCUGUCUUGGCAUUAUUUAUGCGAUUGAUAAAUAAUUUUCUGAAAGUUCGAAUUUAAGGAAAUCCAAAAAUGCCCCUGCCAGCGGCGUUAGCUGCACGUCUUGCGAAAAGGGGGUUAAUCGCCGGAUCCGAAAAGCAUGGUUGUGGUGUUAAUUUUACAGAAUCCGGGAAGAAAGAAGCCAAGAAGAAAGUGCAUGAAGAAGUAAUAGCCGAGGAUUACGAUAAUACAAAAGAUGAGAUUAACCAGAUUGACAUAUCUCAAAAAUUUAUGGGUUACAGUGGCUGCCCUAAUAAAUACAAUAUUUAUCAUGAAUGUACAAAAAAAUGUAAGGAGUUAUGGGGAGCGGGACAAGUGCAACCUUCAGACAAAUAUUUGAAGCUACAAAUGAGAUUAAUUCAAAAGUAUCCGUUGCCCGAGACUUGGAAGGCCGUUUAUGAUCCCGGAUCUGGACAACAUUAUUAUUGGGAUUGGUCAUCUGAUUUGGUAUCUUGGUUACCGCCUGGUCAUCCCAAAUGUCAAAUAUCGCAACCAGCGUCCCAAUUACGUGAAGAGUUGCAUUUGAAGCUAGGGGAUCAAGAUGACAACAUGUCAAGUGACGACAGCACCAGCGAUCAAGAGCAAAUGGAAGUGGAGGAAAGUGAGCCUGUCAAAAAAGAUAGGAAGAUCGAAAAUCGUGCGAGAUACAAAGGACCGGAUAAUAAAAGAAUUUACAGAUCUGACAGAACCGAUGGUAAAGAUUCCAAAGAUCGUACUUUGGAUCCUAUGGAUCCUGCAUCCUACAGCGAUAUUCCUAGGGGGAAAUGGUCGGAUGGAUUGGCUAAACAUAACGAGGCUAAAACUGGCGCCGAUACGACCGCCUCGGGUCCUCUUUAUCAAAUGAGGCCAUAUCCCAGUCCAGGCGCGGUGCUUCGCUCUAAUAGAGCCAAUAAAGCAGACUCGGAAUCGUCCAACAAGCCACCGAAAGUUGCGUUUCCUGAAAAGCCAGAAUAAAUAAAUACACUUUGUGAUAACAAUUACUUAAUUUUAUGUGAUUUCGUUAAUACAUUAAAAUAUAUUUAACGAUAAUUAUUCUGCACGAGAUAACAUUUUACUAUUGUAAAAUGUACAAUAAAUACUUUUAGACUAACGAGAA